AUGGGAUUUGAAACACCUGUUUGUCCAUUAUGUCAACCAGAGAUACAACCACCACCUCCACACCCAUCACCCCCACAACCAUCAACACCAUCCCCACAACCAUCACCACCCCCACAAGAAUCACCACCCAAAAUCACUUAUACUGACGAUGAGCAAUCAGUGGUUACAAAACCUGUUAUCAUUAUCGUGGAUGACCAACCCCAAUCAGAAAAAUGUGUAAAAACUGAACAAUCUCAGGAAAUAUGUGAGGAUGUCGUGCAACUUCCGGAACCAUGCGAAGAAAGCGAUCAACAGAUAAAACCGUAUGAGGAAGAUGAACAGCAUCCGGAACUAUGUGAAGAAGAAAGUGAACAACCUCCAGAACUAUGUGAAGAAAUCGAACGACCUCCGGAACCAUGUGAAGAAGAAAGCGAUCAACUAAAACCGUGUGAGGAAGAUGAACAACAUCCGGAACUAUGUGAGGAAGAAAGUGAACAUCCAGAACUAUGUGAAGAAAUCGAACGACCUCCGGAACCAUGUGAAAAAAGCGGACAACAGAUAAAGCCGUGCGAAGAAGAUGAGCAACAUUUAGAACCAUGUGAGGAAGAAAGUGAACAACAUUCGGAACUAUGUGAAGAAACAACUUCCAGAAGAAUUGAAGAAGCUACGCAACUUCAGGAAACUGAACAACAUAUGAAAAAAAAGAAUAUAAGCAGUCUCAGAAUGCUGAAAAAGAAGAGCAACCUCAAGAAGAAGAAGAUGAGAAAAACUAACAAUGUUAAACCUACUGAAGCACUCGAUACAACUCUAAAGUACGACCAACAUCAGGUCCGAGCGAAACUCCACCAUCAACAACUUACUGAAACUUCACCCGAAAUACCAAUCGAAACACAACCUUCAUUAAUCCCAACAAGUAAAGCGCCACCAACAACUCGCCCUACCGAAAUUCAAACCAAAGUACAACCUAUACAAACUCCGAGCGAAGCGUUACCAUCAACAACUUGCCCUCCUGAAAUUCAAACAGAAGCAUAUUCAACACAAACACCGAACGAAGCGCCAUCAUCAACAACUUGCCCUACUGAAAUUUAA